UUUGUGCGAGUGGACUAACUCAGAAACUUGGAAUUGUUAGAGGAACUAUGAUACUAAAUCGAGGAUUAGCCUAGGCUUAAAGAGUUUAUUCUUGUUUUUAAAUUAGGUUCAGACGUAGGUAUUCAUAUUGACGAUUAAGUUCCAUUAAAAGUAUCACAGCUUCAUUUUUAAAACUUAUACCGUAAAAAAAUGCGGGUCCCUUUACUAGUCGUGUUUCUUGUGCCUUUGGUGUUUGAUUCGAUCCAAUGCAACGCAAAUACGGAAAAAGAUUGGUACGAGACAACGGCUUUGUAUCAAGUAUAUACAAGAUCGUUUAAAGACUCGAAUGGAGACGGUAUCGGAGAUUUAAACGGAAUCUUCGAGAAACUAGAUUACAUCAAGGAUAUCGGAUUCCAGACGGUAUGGAUUCAGUCAUUUUUCAAAUCACCAAUGAUGGAUUUUGGUUUCGACGUAACAGACUACAAGACGGUUGAUCCAACAUAUGGCUCAAUGGAUGAUCUCAGACGCCUUGUUGAUGCUAUCCACGAAAAAGGAAUGAAAGUGCUGUUUGAUUUCAUACCUAAUCAUACGAGCGAUGAGAGUGAGUGGUUCAAAAAAUCUGUUAACAAAGAAGAUCCGUACAAAGAUUUUUACGUCUGGAAAGAUCCGAAAGGUUAUGAUGCAGAUAAUCGACCUAUACCUCCAAAUAAUUGGAUUUUGGUUGGAUUUCGGAUUUGAUGGAUUCCGAGUUGAUGCCCCGGGAUUCAUAUUUGAAGACGUCCUUAUGCGGGAUAACCCUUGGGUCUCUCCAGAGGUGGUGAAUUCAACAGCUUUUAAUUCUCAGAUCCACACCUACCAAAAGGAUGUUGAGGCCGAGCUACAGCUUCUUUACGAAUGGCGCACGCUCUUGGAUGGAUAUAAAGAGCAAGACAAUGUCACAAGAAUAAUGGCACCGGAAACCUUCAAAGAACCAAGGAACGCUGUAAGAUACUUCGGUAACUCGACUCAUGAAAUUACUCAUUUUCCAUUCUACUUUGGACUAUUCAGCUUAAAGGAUACAACGAAUGCAACAGACUUGGAAAGGAUAAUUCAUAGUUAUAUGGAUGUAAUGCCACCGAAUGGGGUGCCCUGUUGGGUGUUAGACACCCAUGACUUACCUCGCUUACCGAGUAGGUACGAUCCUGAGUUUGCAGAGGCUGCGUUCAUGACUCAACUUUUGUUGCCAGGAGUGGCCAGUGUUUACUACGGUCAGGAAAUUGGCAUGAAAGAUACCAAACUCCGCCCGGAUCAGAAGAGAGAAAUCAAAAUAGAUAACCGUGGCGCAUUCAGAGGACCUAUGCAGUGGGACAACUCCAUAAAUGCAGGUUUUACAACGAAGAAAAACGCAUGGUUGCCGGUGAGUUCAGAUUUUUGGAGAAAUAAUGUGAAGAAACAACUUGAGGACACUCGGAGCCCCUUAAACACAUUCAAGCGUCUGAUGAAUUUAAGAAGCUCUCCAGUCAUACAAUACGGCGAGUGGGAGACUUGCGUCGUAUCAGAAUGGAUUCAUAUGAUCUCGCGAAAACUUCGGGGUCACCCUUCAAUUUUUGUUCUGGUGAAUAUUGGGUCCGAAACAGAGUCAGUAUGCCUGAAUAACUGCGCCCACCAUCAAAACGUAUCCGGCUCAAUGGAAGUUCAUACGGCUAGUGCGAACUCCGGCUACAAUAUCGGGGAUAGAGUCAUCGUUUUAGGAGCAGACUCGGAUUGCUUUAGCUUACGGCCGAAAGCUGGGGUUGUACUGACAACUGCGCAUAUUUCUUCGACCGGUUUCAGCACAAUUUCGUCAACGCUAGUGUCCUUCACAAUUUUGUUGCUGAAAUUUAUGUUGUGGGAUUGUCGAUUCGGAUUGAACAUCCAUUAAUGUUGUCUUUGAGCUGCUGAAUUUAUUUAGCGCUGUGAUUUAAUAUAUUGGUUCUUGAAGUGUCAAACUAAGA